GGCGUUAACGCGGACGCGACAGCGACGCGACGUUCGUGCCAGUUCGUAGACACAUUCGCCUUUGUUUGUGCUCUUAUAUGCGCUUUCUAUUUGCCACUUGCUCUCAUUUAACUAGAUUAUCAAUUCCCCAAGAUGUCUGAGGCGAUAAGGUUCACAAAGUUGAAAACGACGACGGACCCAACGUUUUGGGCAAAAUUUGCCGAACUGAAAAUAGACAAGUUGAAGCUGGACGAGAAGUCCAAGAUACAUUUAUGGGGAAGUUUUUCUCUUCGACCGAGGGACGAGGGGAGAACCAAUCCAUUAACGCUUGAUUGUACAUCGUUUAAUGAAAAUCUGGAGAGCACUAGUCACAAUGCUGGAGUAGCUUGCCACGGCUACAUGAUCAACACGAAUACCUAUGAAGCGUUCAGACAGAUAAAUCCCGAGAAGUUUAUCGACACGAUGGGCCAAUGCGUUAUCGAUAGUAUCAGAGACGGCACUGCCUUGCAGGAACCCUGGCAGCUCUCGGUAUUCCUGGUAUUCGCUUAUUCGGAUCUGAAGAAGUAUAAGUUUCAUUAUUGGGCCGCGCAUCCAGCUCCUUUCUCACUACCGGGAAUUUAUUUGGUCGCACCAACGAAAUUCGCAUCCGGCGAAUUCACGUCCGGCCAGAUAGAUAAAUUACGCGAAAGCUUCCUUCAGCUGGAUGCGAGAUCGAGGAACUUCUUCACAGUUUUCGCGUCGGGAAAGGAUGACUUAAGCGUUGACGACUUGUCGAAGGGAGUGCUACGUGCAAAAUCAAACGAGAGAGAUUUACAACAGGGUGAAGUAUACUUUGCAUUUUAUGAUCCUUGCGCAAGUGCAGAACCUGGAUGGCCCUUGCGAAACCUUCUGUGCCUAUUGUAUAGGCAUUGCUCUUCGUACUGCUUUACAAAUGACGUCAAAGUCUUGUCUAUAAGGAGCGAUAAAGUGGAGACUGCAGUUAUAUUUACACUUAGAAUCAAAGAGGAUAAAGACAUGGAAACUACUUCCGAAGAGCACUUGGUAGGUUGGGAAGCUAACGUAAAUGGGAAAAUGGGCCCUAACAUCGUGGAUUUAUCCAACAUUAUGGAUCCUACCAAACUAUCCGACAGAGCGAUCAAUUUAAAUCUGAAAUUGAUGAAAUGGCGCCUUGUCCCUGAUCUAGAUUUGGAAAAGAUCAGUGGUCUACGAUGCCUUCUAUUGGGCGCCGGUACUCUGGGAUGUUCCGUGGCGAGAGUGCUUCUUGGCUGGGGUAUCAAUAAUAUGACGCUCGUAGAUAAUUCUACCGUCUCUCACAGCAACACGGUGCGCCAGAGUCUGUAUACGCACGAAGACGCGGUGCAACGUCGGCACAAAGCGCACGCUGCGAAAGACGCUUUACUCAGGAUACGUCCUAGCAUGAAUGUGGAAGGUGUGAUCUUGCAUAUCCCCAUGCCCGGUCACGUAGUCGGCCAGAGUAUGAUGGAGACGACCAGGGAAGCUGUGAGCAAACUGCAAGAACUCGUAAACAGCCACGACGUGGUGUUCUUGCUUCUGGAUUCGCGAGAAGCCAGAUGGCUGCCAACCCUCAUGUGCGCCGCGACGAAUAAGAUAGCAAUUAACGCUGCUUUGGGCUUCGAUUCGUAUACGGUACAACGGCACGGCAUGCGCGAUCUUUCCGAUUCCGACUCGCCUAAAUUAACGGUGCAGAACCCUGCGGGGCACGAUCUUGGAUGUUACUUUUGUAACGAUGUAACACAACCCGGAAACUCCCAGACUGAUAGAACGCUCGAUCUGCAGUGCACCGUAAGUCGGCCGGGUUUAUCGCAAAUCGCCGCGGGUUUGGCAGUCGAACUACUUAUGGCAGUAACGCAACAUCCCCAAGGAGUUUUAGCUAGAGCGCUUAUGGAUAACGAUAGAGACGAUUGUCGAGAGAAUGUCGAUAAUCCACUGGUAGGAUUAUUGGGUGGUGUACCUCACACGAUACGGGGCUCGCUUUGGGGCAACGAAAUGAAACUGACUGUUACGCACAGAUCCCCAUUCUGUACAGCUUGCUCGACACCUUUGAUCGAGGAGUAUCAACAACGCGAUUUUGCUUUCGUUCUUGACGCUUGCAAUGUGCCAAAUUAUCUCGAGAAAUUAUCAGGACUCGAGGAAAUACUGAAGAGACCCGAUCUGGAUGAGUUAUGUUAUACAAUCGACACUUCGAGCGAGGAUGAAGAGUCGUGAAGGAGCGGCAAAUUAAAUAAUCCAGGCAAAAUGAUAAAAUGCGUACAAAAGGGAAAUAUAUGAAUUUUAGUUAUAAACUACUUGCACGAUUUUUUUAUGUAAAAAUAUAUAAUAUUUUAUGCGGAAUAUGCCAUUUUGAUAAAGAGGAGAAGAGCACGUUCAAACUAAUCAAAGUUUACAGUUUGUAUAGAAUCAAAAACUUUAGUGAAGAUUGUUAAUACAAGAGAGAUAUAUAUGAGCGAUGAAAGUCUUUGUGCUUCUUCAAUUCUGUACAACUGUCUAUGUUGCAUAUUUUACUUAAAAUUGACGCAUUAUGUGUUAUCUGUGAUGUAUAAUUUUAUUAUUAUUGAAAUGUGAGGUAGAUAAUUUUUAUAUUGUGAAUGAUAACUAUUUUUGUUCUUACGAAACGUUCGAACUCCUUUUAUUACACAAGUACUUAUCUUUUAUUUAAUUUUUAUUACAGUUUUUUUUUAUUUCGCAAUUGAAGAAAUACAUGUACAAGAUAUUUCAGUAUAGGAUAUGUGAAACUACGAUCAAAUUAUCGCGCGUUAAUGUUAGAAAAUAAUUAAUGUAUCUUUAAUCAAUGUUCGAUCUAUGGAUGUCUAUUAUACGUUGUUUUGUAACGCUUAUUCUUACUCGUUCAUUGACUUUCCACGUGUUUUUAUAUCUCAUCGUUGCUAAUAAAAAUACUUGUAAGCUGUUAAUUUUGAAAGUGGCACAUGGGAAAGUUUGAAAGUCUUAGGUAUACCUCAUAAAUUUUUGUAAAUCAAUAUCACUUUCAAAUAUAAAUUAUUCACAUGACA